AUGGCCUCCGACUCCGAUCCGCAGAAAGCACCACCACCACCACAACAACUGUUUGUCAGAGCCGACGAGGUCGAUGCGGGAACCUCAAUACUCUCUCCCAGUAGGGAACUGCCACUGAGCGCACUGAACCCUUCCAAUGCUGCUCCGCCAGGGCCAGGGCCACUCCGUCCUGUUUUACGGCGGGAAGGAUCAGCGCCCCCACCUCCUCCUCCGCCAUCCCAGCCGCCACCAGCUCCUCCCGCUCAAACAGAUCCCACUGAUUCCUUAAGUCUACCUCAACUAAGGCAGCUGGUGGCACAAUUUCCGAAGACAGAGCAGAGAGCGUACGCUUUUCAGUAUAGGGACACCGGUAGUUUCGAAUCCGAAAUUGACGAAUGGUUUCACUAUACGGAACUCGAGCAAGACCGAGAUUACCUUCUAGAUUCUCUCGAAGCCUUUGAGCAGAGAUGGAAGUUCUUCUGUGAGGCACAAGGUAUCCCCGAGGAGACUACCUGGAUCACCACAGACCAAGCCCAACGACUUCAUUUUGUCCGCGAUCUGGUCCAGGACCUCAAAGAUGACGACUACGUCAGCCGUGUGGCAGCGCUCUCCUGCAUCUACUACAUCCUCACUGGAGCUUGGAGUAGUACUUCUGGCUUAGAAGCAAAAGAACGGGCAGCCGAAGACGAAUCUCACGCCCACACAGAAAAUGAUUGGGCCAAUGCCGUUCAAGUUCAGUGGAUCCAUAAAGGAGCGGACAUUGUCCAUCUGAGCUCUAUUAUGCCUCAGCUGUAUACCUGUCUGAUCCAAGCUGCAAAGACUCGCGACUCGACCCAUCCUCCGCCGACGGCAGAUGGUGAAGAGCCCAGCGAGGUCGCGUUCGGUGAAAACGAAUAUCAAGAACUCGGCCUGUGCCUUUCCUGUUUCUAUCUAUUGAUUGAAUCCGCCAGAGUCCGGAGCAGCACCAAGGUUGGCCUCGAUAUACGUCAGACGAUCUCGUCUCUACAACCCAACUUCCUGGUCUUCCUUGCUGGUAUGAUCUCGCGGCUGCGAUGGGACGACUCCUACAACAUACCUCUCAUGCAUGCGCUGCAAUUGUUUUGGAAAUCGCUGCUUCUGGUGUUCGGAGAUGUGACGGAACGUCUUGAAAAGGUCAAAAGUGUCUUGCAACCACGAAUCGAACGGUUCUCGGCCGAUGCAGCUCAUCCGGUACUUACAGCAUCUCCGUUGGAUUAUCACCUGUUCCGACAAGAAAUUACGUCGAAAUAUCCCGCUUACAACCCACCAUUGCCUCUCAUACCCUUGGAAGCCGACCAGAAGACGAUGCUGCCCCUGCUGCCGCAGCAUUCGUCGAGACCAGACACAUUUUCGGGGGUUCCAGACCAAGGAGGCGGCGGUGCAGGCACUCACCGAUCUAUAUUCCAUCAACCUGUGCACAUCGCCACGCCGGCACCCUCUCCUCCACCCUCACCCAUUGGACCUGGUGGGAAAGCUGCUAAGAAACAGAACUACCAGACCAACCAGAAUUUUCCGUUCCUGUACCCCCCGCUGGACGACUCGAGCAACACGAUCGGCGGCAAAGGGUCGACAGAACUCCAAGAUUUGAUGGUCGGAAAAAAGUGGGAUGGCAGCGAUGUUCCCCGCUCGAUCAUCGAGGCAGGAGAGUUGUUUGCCAGUCGAAUGAGAAUGACACGGGCAAUGCGUCAGCUUUGGAGGGAGCGUGACUUGUUCAUGAAAUACGAGAGAGGCUGGACCGGCGAUAUGACUCAAGUUUGGGACAGGGACGAGACUGGCGAACAACCGACCGAAGAGGAGAAAGAGAUCGACCGUUUGGACGAUCCGGAUCUUCGAGAUCGCAUGCACGCAGUCGAAGACUUCUUUCAGAAAGCUUUGCCAGACUUGCAAUCCCUGGUUAUUGUGAUGAUGAAAGUCAUGCUCACAAACGUUCAGGAUAUUGCCGUCCGGAAUGGCGGGUUUCAGGACCCGUUGCAGCAAGGUGGCCUCAACCGCACCAAAUCGAAUCCUAACAUGGCUCAGAACCAAUCACUACCUAUCCCCCCUCCGCCGCCUCCGCCAGAGGACAUGGCACUCGAGGACCUGGAUAACGUCCGGUCGCGCGAGAUCAGCCAGAAGGCAGUGUCGGGCGCGAUUUUCUUGAUGUCAAAGUGGUUUAAGGUUUCUCACGUCUUGAAAUUUGAGUACCUGACUCAACUCCUUUUGGAUUCUAACUACGUACAACUCACCUUGAAAUACUUUGCGCAUCAGAACCUGGAGGAUCUCGUCGCAUUUAGGUAUGAUCGUGAUGACCUGAGUUUCUGGCACUAUUGCCACGUCCAUUCGGAUCAUCCACCGCUUUCUCCCACGAGUCCGGACGAAAGAUCCGAGACAUCCAGUGUGGACGAAGCCGUUCCACCGCCCAUUCCGCGCCAUCGAAGAUCCCCAACCAACAUGUCUGAUGCCCAGCCAGCCUUGGAACAGGGUCUUGCACAACAGCUGCCUUCCGAUGCCCAACAUCCUUCGGUCGACGAGCUUGGAAACCCGCUGGGGCCGCUUCCCACCACUCCCAUCACAACCUACUCGUUUCGCCAGUUCCAGACCGCAAUCCAUCUCCUCCGAAUACUGCAGAAAGUCACCAGAGGCAAGUCCCACCGCAUCUUAUUUCUGGUGCAGUUCAAAUCGUCUCAAAUCCUUCGCCGCAUCCUCCGAGUUCCGGACCCGACCUUGCGCCUGUAUGUGCUGAAACUCUUCAAAUCUCAAGUUCCCUACUGUGGUAGAAAAUGGCGACAGAGCAAUAUGCGAGUCAUCACGGCGAUAUAUCUCCACUGCAGACCUGAGUUGAGGGACGAAUGGCUGGCUGGCAUGCACGAUGCUAAUGUCGAAGGUGAAGUUGACGAGGCCGUCCCGUUGGAAUGGGCGCUGCGGGGCUUGACAUUCUGGUGGCAGCAACGCACGUAUCCAGGUGUAACGAGGCGUGGAAAACGAGGUGGGAAAUCUGGGAGCAAGAAAACUGAGCCGAAAUCAUCCCAGGCGCUAGACAAGAUCUCGCCCACCGCAGCAGCAGCAGCAGCAGCAGCAGGUACUCCAGAAGAUUCUGCUUUCGAUAUCGACGACCUUCUCGAUGCCGACAUGCUCGAAUCACGUCUGGGGGAUCCGGAUGAUGACGAAGAAGAAGGAGGUCAAGAAAUCGACGAUGACGAGCGCGAUUUCUUCCAACGUGAGCUCGACGCCAUAGGAUGGGGUCUGGCUGGACUGCGACUGACGGAUGGCUCUGAGGAUGUGGCAUUUGGCGAGGAGGCUCUAGGUGUCAACGGGGCCGGAGGGUAUCCCGUCGCCAAUGGCAUAUCGGGUGCUGAGUACGGUGGAGCAGGACUCGGCACGCCACUGACACCCAUACCACAAUCACAACCUCAGCCUCAGCCUCAAUGGAUCGUGGCGGAUGCAGCCUCGCUCGAGCAUUGGCAGAACAGUUAG